AUGGAUCAUACCAACCAGAACACUACCACUACAUUCACAAAUGUUCAUAGCACUUGGAAUAAUCAAGAGAAUAUGGGAACGGAUGAACAUAAUAACAGCAUCUUCCAUGAUCACCAUCAUCAAAUUCCGAUGGGUUCAACAAUUUGGCCCAACUACCACCCUCUUCACAUACAGUCAUCCUCAUCCUCAUCCACAUCCAGGGUGGCACCCUCUUCAGGUUUCCUGAGUGACAUACUAGGAACACACUUUGAAGAAGAGGAAGAAGGUGAAGAAGAGUUAGGAGCCAUGAAAGAAAUGAUGUACAAGAUUGCUGCUAUGCAGCCAGUGGACAUAGACCCAGCAAGCAUAAGAAAGCCAAAGAGGAGAAACGUUCGCAUAAGCGAUGAUCCACAGAGUGUAGCUGCACGACACAGGAGAGAGAGAAUCAGUGAGAAAAUUCGCAUCCUCCAAAGACUCGUCCCUGGUGGCACCAAAAUGGACACAGCUUCAAUGCUUGAUGAAGCCAUUAGCUAUGUCAAGUUCUUGAAGAGGCAAAUCAAGUUGCUUCAAUCAACUCCACAUUCUCAACAACCACCAAUUAAUUGCAUUGGUUCUGCUACCACAACUCCUAAUAAUGGUAUCUUCUUGUUACCCACGGGCAGUGAUUGGCCUUUUGCACCAAAUGUAUUGCAAGGUUCCACCAACUCAUCCUCUUCCUCCAUGGACAUGGUGGCUGAAGUGGAGUUGAACACCAGAGCCCAUGCCCAUGCCGGGGAUGCCUCCUCCAGCUUUAACAAUCAUGAGGUAAUUAGUGAAUAA